AUGGCAAUUUUCUCUAGCCUCGCCUACAAUUGGCAACAUUUUGCCAACCACGUCGGCAUCCCCCUGUUCUUCUGGAGACGUCCAACAUGGUCUGUCCGUCAGAUGUCAGAACAGUCCGGUAAAGUCGUUCUCAUCACGGGGGGAAACGCUGGCACCGGAUACGCUACCGCCCUCGCCCUUUACAACGCCGGCGCCAACGUCACCAUCGCUUAUCGCUCUCUCGACCACGCUCGGGAGGCUGUAGAGGGUAUCAAGAAGAAUGCAGAGAGCAAGGUCGGCACUGUGGACGUUCUUGAGCUUCUUGAUCUCGCGGAUUUGGGGAGUGUUCAGCGAGCCGCUGAAGAGUACAAGACGCAACCGUGUCAAACAGCUGGACUUGCUUUACUUGAACGCUGGCAUCAUGGGCACGGCAAUGGACCAAGCAAGGCUACACUCUCCAAUUUGAAACUAUGGUCCUCGCCCACCAUCGCUUCGCCACCCAUCUUAUGCCUAUCAUCUUGUCCCCCCGCCCCGAGCCGGCCAGAAUCGACAUCCCUCGCCUCUCUCGCGCACAACCUUGCCCCGCCCGGGGGCAUCGACUAUCUCUCCCUCAUUCGCCACCCCGACGACGUGCCCGAUCCCGAUGGGUCGCCCAAGAGGGGGAAGAACGAGCAAGAGAGGUGGGCAGAGUAUGGGCAGUCGAAGUGGGGGGUAUAUCGCUUUGGCGAGGUAUCUUGCGGUCUUGCGGAGAAGUAUGACCCGAAGGAGUUGAUCGCUGUGGCAGUUCAUCCUGGUUCGCUCUCGACUAAUCUUUUCCAACCAUCUCGAUCUGGGCCGGUACCCAUCCCCUUCCCGGAAGCUCUGGCGCGGAACGGCAGGUACGUCACGCCUUUCAACCAUGCCUUGGAGCCAAGAGGCGAUCUGGUGGGCGAAGAGGGAAAGAAGAAGGCGGUGGAACUUUGGGAGUGGUGUGAUGAGCAGGGAAAGAAGUUUCAGUAG